AAACUAAUUCAUAUAUUACGACCAGAAACAGAGAAAAAAACGAAACAAAAGAAUGGCAUCUGUGAUUGUACCACCGGUGCCACCUUCGCCCCGUGAUGAUGCUCUCCACCUUUACCGUGCCUUCAAAGGAUUUGGGUGCGACACAGCAGCAGUAAUCAACAUUCUAGCGCACAGGAAUGGAAUGCAGCGCGCUGCCAUCGAAAAGGAAUACAAGGCCACCUACUCUGAAGACCUAAACAAGCGUUUGUCCUCAGAGCUUAGUGGACAUCUCAAGAAAGCAGUUUUAAUGUGGAUGCCGGAUCUGGCAAUGCGGGAUGCCAACGUAGUACACCAUGCUUUGGAGGGAGAUGUUGAUCUUAAAGGUGCCACUGAAGUGAUUUGUUCUCGUACUCCCUCCCAGAUGCGACAAUUCAAACAAAUUUAUUUCUCAAGCUUUGGUGUUGAUCUUGAAACUGACCUUGCUAAGAAAAUAUCCUCCGGAGAUCACAGAAAGUUGCUGGUAGCAUAUGUUAAGGUACCGCGGUAUGAAGGUCCUGAAUAUGAUCAAGGGAUAGUAAAGACGGAUGCUGAAGCGCUGUACAAGGCCGGAGAGAAGAAAUUGGGAACUGAUGAGAAGGUUUUCAUACAAAUAUUUAGCGAAAGAAGCAGGGCACAUUUGGUUGCUAUUUGCUCUGCUUACCAAAGUAUGUAUGGUCAUUCUUUGGAAAAGGCAGUAAAAAAGGAAACAUCUGGGUCCUUUUCUCAUGCACUUUUGACUAUUUUGCGAUGUGCUGACCAUCCUGGCAAGUAUUUCGCAAGGGUUUUGCGGAAAGCAAUGAAGGGUUUGGGAACAGAUGAUCCCACACUGAUAAGGGUAAUUGUGACAAGGGCCGAGUUUGAUAUGCAGUACAUAAAGUCAGAAUAUCGGAACAAAUAUGGAAAAUCAUUGCAUGAUGCAGUUCAUUCAGAUACCUCCGGAAAUUAUAGGACCUUUCUUCUUUCUCUGUUAGGCAACAAUCCUUAGACAAUUUACCUACUCUGCCACUUGCCUAAGGAGCAAGUCAUUGGUCUUUAUGCCUGCAGGGUUGGCUGGUUUUACCUGAAUGAAACUUGAAUGCAUAGAGCUCCAAAAUACUCUGAAAUUUGCUUCUUGUUUAGUGUAGGUUCAAAGUAAAGAUAGGUAGGGGUGAUAUCUCCUCUUAUUAUCUAAAGAAAAAAAAAAAAACUACAUUGGAGUGACAAUUUUGGACGCGACAAACUAUGUGACUUGAAAUUCAUACAUGAAUAUGGCACGAUGUUUACGCAAUUAACACAAUUAACAAUGUUACACUACUACUAUAUCAGUGUUAAUGUUUUAUAUGCUGAUCAACUCGUAAGUUGACAUUGCAUACAUAAAAAGGUAAACCCAAAUAAAACACACAUGCCACAUUAUAUUGUAAAGCCAUUAACAGUGAUAAUCAUUUAGG